AUGGAUUCAGCCAAUUGGAUAAGGAGCAAGCGGCCAGGGAUUGCGAUCCCCAGCCAGCAUCCAUCCUCAAUCCUCACGACCGACGCGGGCGGCGACUGCCAUGGCCGGUCGGCCGUUUCUCCGGCAACUCGUGGAGAGACCACGGCCCGAGCGGAGCGCCGCCGAGCCUCGCGUUGGAGGCCGGAGAAGGCUGCGCCAGAGGACUCCGGGGAGGGCGUGCCGGCUCGAUUGGGCACAGGCGAAGACGCCCACGGCCGGUCGGCCGCACCACCGGCGGCAAGAGGAUCUCCCGCCCCGCUCGUCCUCGGAGUAGGCGCGACGCCGCGCGGACGGGCGCGGGCGCUCCACACGGGCGAGCGCGAAGAGGUGGCCGCAUCCUGCAGCGUGGUGGCCGCAUCCAACGGCGCGGGCGGACGCAGCGCGGUGGCCGCGUCCUGUGGCGCAGUGGCCGUUCUGUCCCGUGGAGGAGCAGCCAAGGUGCAUGGUUGGGGCACCGCUAGGGAUGUUGACAAAAAACAGCAGCAGUUGCCGCUCGAUCCGGUGCAAGAGGAAGUGAACGCAUGCCAUGGACUAAGGCCGGACUUGGACACAGCUUGUGCUCUGGCCCUGCUCCAGGAAGAGGUGGCUGACGGAGCAGGCGUGGAGUCGUCGCGGCCGUUCCACUACCAGCCCCGGCCUCCAGAGGUGAACGCGCGUCCUCCCGCGGCGUUGCCACUUCCCCCGCCACCAGGUCGCCCACCACCACAAGCUGGGGCGACCAAUCGGCGUGCCACCGACGCUGCUCGAGCCGAAGCAGCAAAGGUCAAGACUCUGCACGACUACAGAAGAGCACGGGGGCUAUGUUUCAAGUGUGGCGAACGCUGGGGUCAUGACCACACCUGCCCUACAUCAGUCCCAACUCCAUGUAGUUGA